GAAUCAUGAAAGGUUCUUCAUCCCAUCUGAUAUACUCCUUUGGGGGACUUUUGUCUCUAUGGAUUCUUUGUGUAUCUUCCACAAACCAAUGCACUGUGAGACAUGAAGUAGCUGACUGCAGCCAUUUGAAGCUGACACAUAUACCUGAUGACCUUCCGGCUAACAUAACAGCGUUGAAUCUUACCCACAACCAACUCAGAGGCUUACCACCUAUCAAUUUUACAAGAUACAGCCAACUUACUAUCUUGGAUGCAGGGUUUAACUCCAUUUCAAAAUUGGAACCAGAACUGUGCCAAACACUCCCAUCAUUGAAUGUCUUGAAUCUUCAACACAAUGAGCUAUCUCAGAUUUCAGAUAAAACUUUCAUCUUCUGUAGGGAUCUGACAGAACUCUACCUAAUGUCUAACACAAUACACAAAAUUAAAAGCAACCCUUUCAGAAGCCAGAAGAAUUUAAUCAAAUUAGAUCUUUCACAUAAUGGCUUAUCAUCUACAAAGUUGGGAACUGAAGUCCAACUGGAAAAUCUCCGGGAGCUACUUUUAUCGAAAAAUAAGAUCCUUGUACUAAGACGUGAAGAACUCGAUUUUCUUGGCAAUUCUUCUUUACAGAAAUUGGACUUGUCAUCCAAUCCACUUAAAGAGUUUUCUCCAGGGUGUUUUCAUGCAAUUGGCAAGCUAUCUACACUCCUUUUGAACAAUGCCCAACUAGACCUUCACCUCACAGAGAAGCUGUGUUGGGAACUUUCAAACACAAGCAUCCAGAAUCUUUCACUGGCUAACAACCAGCUUCUUGCAACCAGAGACACUACUUUUUCUGGACUGAAGCAAACAAAUCUCACCUGGCUCGAUCUUUCCUACAACAGUCUGCAUGAUAUAGGUAACGAUUCCUUCUCUUGGCUCCCACACCUCAGGUGCCUGUCUCUGGAGUACAAUAAUAUACAACGUUUGUCUCCUCGCUCUUUUUAUGGACUUUCCAACCUGAGGUUCCUGAAUUUGAAGCGAGCAUUUACUAAACAAAGUAUUUCACUUACUUCACACCCCAAGAUUGAUGAUUUCUCCUUUCAGUGGCUAAAAUAUUUGGAAUAUCUCAACAUGGAUGAUAAUAAUAUUCUGAGUACAAAAAGCAAUAUGUUCACAGGCUUAGUGAGUCUGAAAUACUUAAGUCUUUCGAAAACUUUCACAAGCUUGCAAACUUUAACAAAUGAAACGUUUUUGUCACUUGCUCAUUCUCCUUUGCUCACACUCAAUUUAACAAAAAAUCACAUCUCAAAAAUAGCAAAUGGUGCUUUCUCUUGGUUGGGCCAACUCAGGAUACUGGAUCUUGGCCUUAAUGAAAUUGAGCAAGAACUCACAGGCCAGGAGUGGAGAGGUCUGAGAAACAUAUUUGAGAUUUACCUGUCCUAUAACAAAUACCUCCAACUGACCAGCAGCUCCUUCUCUUUGGUUCCCAGUCUCCAAAGACUGAUGCUCAGGAGGGUGGCCCUUAAAAAUGUGGAAAUCUCCCCUUCACCUUUCCGCCCUCUUCGUAACUUGACUAUUCUGGAUUUAAGCAACAACAACAUAGCCAACAUAAAUGAGGACUUGUUGGAGGGUCUUGAGAAUCUAGAAAUUCUGGAUUUCCAGCACAACAACUUAGCAAGGCUCUGGAAGCAUGCAAACCCUGGAGGUCCUGUUAAUUUCCUGAAGGGCCUCUCUCACCUCCACAUCCUGAACUUAGACUCUAAUGGCUUUGAUGAAAUCCCCGUGGAGGCAUUCAAGAACUUAUUUGAACUAAAGAGCAUCAAUCUGGGACUGAAUAAUUUAAACAUACUUCUACCAUCUAUUUUUGACGACCAGAGGUCUCUGAGGUCAUUGAACCUUCAGAAGAACCUCAUCACAUCAGUUGAGAAGAAUGUUUUUGGGCCAGCUUUUCAGAACUUGAGUAGUUUAGAUAUGCGCUUUAAUCCAUUCGAUUGUACAUGUGAAAGUAUUGCCUGGUUCGUUAGCUGGAUUAACCAGACCCAUACUAACAUCUCUGAGCUUUCCACUCAUUACCUCUGCAACACUCCACCUCAAUACCAUGGCUUCCCAGUGAUGCUGUUUGAUACUUCAUCCUGUAAAGACAGUGCCCCCUUUGAACUCCUUUUCAUGAUUAAUACCAUUGUACUCCUUAUUUUUAUGCUUAUGGCAUUGCUCAUUCACUUUGAGGGUUGGAGGAUAUCUUUUUACUGGAAUGUUUCAGUUCAUCGGGUUCUUGGUUUCAAGGAAAUCGAAGCGCAGACUGAACAUUUUGAAUAUACAGCAUACAUAAUUCAUGCCCAUAAAGACAGCGACUGGGUUUGGAAACACUUCUCCCCCAUGGAAGAACAAGACCAAUCUCUCAAAUUUUGCCUAGAAGAAAGGGACUUUGAAGCAGGUGUCCUUGGACUUGAAGCAAUCGUCAACAGCAUCAAAAGAAGCAGAAAAAUCAUUUUUGUCAUAACAUACCAUCUAUUAAAAGACCCCCUGUGCAGAAGAUUCAAGGUACACCAUGCAGUUCAUCAAGCUAUUGAGCAAAAUCUGGAUUCAAUUAUAUUGAUUUUUCUUCAGGAUAUCCCAGAUUAUAAACUAAACCAUGCACUCUGUUUGCGAAGAGGAAUGUUUAAAUCUCGUUGCAUCUUGAAAUGGCCAGUUCAGAAAGAACGGAUAAAUGCCUUCCAACAUAAAUUGCAAGUAGCACUUGGGUCACGAAAUUCAGCACAUUAAAUUUAUUUGGAGAUUAAGUUGAUAAAGGGAUAGAUCCAAUUUAUAAAGGUGUAUCAUAAAUCUGAGUUUUACUUGAAAAUUUUAUGUGUAUUUAUAGGU